UGACACCUAGUGGUUCAAAACUUGAAAUAUAUUGACGAUCUGGGCGGGUUAGACUUCUUUGCCCUUCUCCACACUAUCUCACUCUGCAAAACCCAGAUAUUUACUUCUUAGGCUUGUUUGUGCCGGUCAAAAGGCAUUUCACUCGAACGUAGCGACCUAGGGUUAGGGUUCCAGAGAUUGUUUUCCCAAUUCCUACAUCUCAAGAAAUAGAAAGAUGGAUCCCGACUCAGUUAAAUCGACUCUGUCCAAUUUAGCAUUUGGAAAUGUAAUGGCAGCGGCAGCUUGUAAUUAUCAAAAGGAAUUGUUAUCUCAAGAAAGGGUACAGGAAUCUACCUCUGUUAAUGAGGAGGUCGAUAUUGAUGAGCUGAUGGAUGAUCCUGAACUGGAAAAAUUACAUGCCGAUAGGAUCGCGGCUCUUAAGAAAGAAGCUGAGAAGCGACAGGCAUUGAAGAAGCAAGGACAUGGAGAGUAUAGGGGGAUAACAGAAGGGGACUUCUUGGGUGAAGUCACUGCCAGUGAAAAAGUGAUCUGUCACUUCUACCAUCACGAGUUCUACCGUUGCAAGAUAAUGGAUAAGCAUUUGAAGUCCCUUGCACCAAGGCAUGUUGAUACCAAGUUCAUCAAGUUGGACGCUGAGAAUGCGCCUUUCUUUGUUGCCAAACUAGGAAUCAAAACUUUGCCUUGUGUCAUAUUAUUCAGUAAAGGAAUUGCAGCAGAUAGGCUGGUUGGGUUUCAGGAUUUGGGAGGAAAAGACGAUUUCAGCACAAAGACACUCGAGGUUCUACUAAUAAAGAAAGGGAUAAUUAGUGAAAAGAAAGAAGAAGAAGAUGGAUACGAUGGUUAUCCCGAAAGUAUACGCAGGACUGUGAGAUCCUCUGUGGAUCCUGAUUCUGAUUCUGACUGAAGAGGAAAUAAAGUGCCUGUAUUGAUUUGUAUUGGUGGUUGCCUUAAACAUGUGCUUGCAUAUCUUGUUAUAUUUAUCUAUGUUUACCACCUCUUGAAGCUUUUUUUUUUUUUUCAAAAUUGUACUCUUCUAAACAAUUUUGAGUCAUCUAAUUUGAAAACCGUAGCAAUGUAACUGUACUCGUCACUAUAACAUUUUUAGUGUUUUGUGCAUA